UUCCCACCUCCGUCACUCUUCCUCUUCUUAAACACUCUUUUAUCUUAACACAUUUUCCAAUUAACCAUAAACGAUCCUUCUUUUCAUUUCCUAACGAAACCCAUAGAAUAUAGAAUAACGCGAUGUUGCCAUAUUUCUUUAACGAUCGAUCGUUCCUCAUUUUUUUCUUUUUAAUACAACAUAACCUCAAAAACGUGCGUAAGCGUAACGUCUGUUAGUCUGCAAGUUUUUCCGCGUUCGUGCUCUUAAAAGCCACGUGCGCCGCACGGAAAUAGGUCGAAAUGGGGUGACCAACCACUUUUCGACCGAUUCGCGUGCGACCCGUUUUAAAUUUAGAUCUCUCUACCGAACGAUGUAGAUUUUUCGAUGGAACGCCGAUAGUCUAUUACUUCGUGCAUAUCUAACGAGAUUUUGUGGGAUUGUGUAUACUUCCACUCCAAAAAUAGCCACAGCUACUAAAAAUAUACAGAAUUUCAUAUUAAUGUCGCGGAAGUUAUGUUUUUUACACCCGUUUUUCGGCCUCUCGUUUAUAUUCACUAAUACUACGUAGUCAUUCACUAUCAUUCCAUUUAAAACGUCUCAACUAUUUUAUUCAAAAAUUACUUUCAUUACAGUAUAUGUAAUCUAGUUGUAAUCUAAACCUAUACAACUUAACUACAUAUUCUUUGUUGCCUAUCGAAACAAUAACCAAUCAAUCAUUCGCAGAGUUUUAACACCACCUAAGCUAUAAACCUUUAGUACGGUUUUAACUUUCAGUGAGUCCAGAUUUCAUUCUUGUAUCUUUCAUCAUUAAUACUAUAAUCUUAAAAGCGGAGACCAUCGAGAUGAUGUCCAAUGGGUUAGAUGGUGCAGUUGUUGGACAACAGAACGGCGGGAAUGGCGGCCAAGGUGGCGGCCAGGAAGAGUCAAAGACCAACCUCAUCGUCAACUACCUACCCCAAACCAUGACCCAAGAAGAAAUCCGAUCGCUAUUCUCAUCUAUAGGUGAAGUUGAAAGUUGCAAACUUAUUAGGGACAAAGUGACAGUUCCGGACGGAGUUUUGAGUAGUCCAUUGGUUACAGGGCAAAGCCUAGGCUAUGGAUUCGUAAAUUAUCACCGACCCGAAGACGCCGAGAAGGCCAUAAACACAUUAAACGGACUCCGUCUUCAAAAUAAGACCAUCAAGGUAUCAUACGCGAGGCCGAGUUCGGAAGCUAUCAAAGGGGCCAACUUAUACGUUUCCGGGUUACCGAAGAAUAUGACCCAACAGGAUCUCGAGGCCCUGUUUAGUCCAUAUGGAAGAAUCAUCACUUCGAGGAUAUUGUGCGACAACAUAACCGUACGUCAGUUUGUCUCGGGGGCUGGAGAAAAUAUGUCUGGUUUAUCAAAAGGAGUCGGUUUUAUUCGUUUUGAUCAACGAUUGGAAGCGGAACGCGCUAUACAAGAGCUCAACGGAACUAUACCUAAAGGUUCCACUGAACCUAUAACGGUUAAAUUUGCCAAUAACCCAAGCAACAACAACAAAGCCAUCCCACCAUUAGCUGCUUAUUUGACUCCUCAAGCCACUAGGCGUUUUGCUGGACCUAUUCAUCAUCCUACAGGCCGUUUUAGUGGCGUACAACAUAGCAGAUAUUCUCCGCUGGCCGGAGAGUUACUGGCGAAUUCAAUUUUACCGGGUAACGCAAUGAACAGCUCGGGCUGGUGCAUAUUCGUGUAUAAUUUGGCGCCGGAAACGGAGGAAAACGUGCUGUGGCAGCUAUUUGGUCCAUUUGGGGCCGUGCAAAGCGUGAAGGUGAUCAGGGACCUGCAGACGAACAAGUGCAAGGGUUUCGGCUUUGUGACCAUGACCAACUACGAGGAAGCUGUUGUCGCCAUUCAAUCGUUGAACGGUUACACGCUUGGAAAUCGCGUGCUGCAGGUCAGCUUCAAAACGAACAAAAGCAAGACGACAUAGAGCGAAGUGGCCGGUGGUGCUCAGAACCAACUGGCCGCUUGAGGGCCGCCGCAAGCUGCGCACGCCGCCGGCAACCUAGUAUUUAUUCUUUGCUAGUAUUAUUAAUUAAAAAAAGUAUAUAUAAAGUAUAUAUAUAAUUUAUAAAUAUAAUUAUAUAUAUGAUUUAAAACAUAUAUAAAAACGUCGGUGUAAAAUGGUUAAGGUAUAUUUAAUACGGCGGCGUGCGACAGUCUGCGGCUGGCCGACGACACACAACAGUCUGUCACAGUUUGUCUGAUCGUAAAAAAAACUUUGUAGCCGGGGUUUCAAGACCCGGGCGACAAAUUCAUUAUUAGUACUUAUACAUAACAUACGGAACUAGUCAGAGGUGCAUUUUGCAUUUCCUAUUAAAAAAGAAGAAACUAUUAUUACCUAGUAAAUAAUAACAUCUUUAUUAUCUGAUUAAUUGUGCCAUCGUUAAGGCAAAUGAUAUAAGAAAAAAAUCAUAUUUACAAAAAAAUAUAUAUAUUAUAUAUAUAUACACAAACAUUUAAAUAUUAAAUAAUAUAGAAUCGUCAGAAAAAAAAUCGGAGAAAUAUGGAUGCAAAACGAAUACAUACGCGUAGUGAAUUAUUAUUAUCAUUAUAUUUGUGUAGAGGUUAAAUUCAUUUAAUCGUAAUUCAAUCAUUUAUCUCGAUAACGCUUUUUUUACGGGAAUUUCAGUGCACUUUAAAAUUAUUAAUAAAUUCUUUCAAUUCUCACACAGUUUUAAUUUUUAAAAUGACCAAUCUUACAAACACGUAAAGACCAAAAAUAUAUGUUUAGUUAAAAAGAAAAUACGUUUUAUUUAUUUUAUAUUAAAACAUGGUUGACAUUGUUAACCAAGUCUUUAAAAAUUUCUUCAAUUAAUAAUUUUUAACUGCACUGUUAAAAACGAAAAGAAAAAAAAGAAAGAAAAUCGGUUUAAUCAUUAUGUAUUUAUCUGUAGUCUUGUGUCUUAUGCAUAUAUUCGGUCAUAAUUAUCAUUAUUAAUUAUUAUUAAUUAUAUAAUUGUGUAUGGAAAAAAAGAAACUAGUCGUGUAAAAUACGCAACGCCUGUCCAUCAACUAAUUGUACUUCUCCCUCGUGUUAGAAAAACUGGUACCAAUUUUUCUGGACCCUUAAACACAAAUUAAGGGGUUUUGCGGCGUUGCUAAAGCACACCGUGUAUAAAAUCAUAUAAGAAACAAAAAAAAAUUAAAAAUGGAAGGAGAAGAUAAAUAAGGAAAGAAUUUAUUAGUCCCGUUUUUACUAUGUGUGUUUUGUGUUUUAAUAAUUUUUUUCUUUCUUUUUUUUAUAAAAUAGUCACGAAUUAUAAUAGUUAAUUAACACCGUUAGUUUUUGUGGAAAAGGAAAGUCGCCAUCCAGGUACAUAAUGCAUAUUAAAACAAAAAAAAAAUUAUAUAUAUAUAUACAUAUAUAAAUAAAAUUGAAACGAAACGAUAUACAAAAGAAAAACGAGAUCCCUACUCGUAUACAGGGUGGAUCACUUGUUCGAAUAAAAACAAUUUUUUUGACCACUGUGAUAAGUGUGCGAAGCUGCGAUGCAAAAAUAUUAAAAAUAAAAUUAGAUCUGAAGGAAGGGUGAGAUCUGUUUGGGUGAAAUCUAUAUUAAAUAAAUAAAUAUCUUAUAUGAAUGUCUUAUAUGAAUAUCUUAUGAAGGAGAGGAACCCUUGUGCAAUAAACUAGUCGACAGAAAUAUUACUUAGUGAUCGAAGCAAUUGUUGUUAACAAAGCAAUGUUCACCGGAUCUCUCCGUUAAAAUAGAAUUCUUUUCCGAUUAAACCAUGAUUGUUGAUUGUCUUUUAAUAAUGAAUUUAAAUAAAUUAAUGAUGAGUAUAGAAUUUCCGAAAAGGAACGCGUAUGAUCGACGUUAAUUAAAAUAGUUAAUUAAAUUUAAAUAAGCUAAGAUUAAUUAACUAGGUUGAUUAAAUAUAAUGAUGGUUUUUUUUUAGAUGUGAUGUACAUACAUUUUGAAUUGAAACGGGAAUUUUUAAUGUGAACCACCCUGUAUGUCCACGGUAAUAAUUAAUUGUCCCGAAUUUAUUUAAUUUUAUUUUCUUUUUUCUUCUGUUAAUUAAUGAAUUUUCCCCCCAUUCCUUAUAACAUUUUUUUUUUCGGUUUAAGCUGACUUACCUUUAUUGCGAGAGUAUUUUCUUUUUAGUUUAGUACCAUUAUUGUUUAGUUCUUUUCUUUUUUUUUAGGUUUUACCUUUUAAACAAUUAAUGAAAUUAAUUAAUUAAUUAAUUCUCUCUUUACGUUCUAUUUAUUUUGUAUUUUUGCUUAUCGACAGGUUUAGUUUUGGUUGUUUUAUUUAUUUGUAGAAAAAAAGAAACAUAAGUUACUACCAUUAACAAUUAUAUUUUUUCUCUGAACAUUAAUUAUAUUAUUAAUUAAUAAUUUAUGAUUUCUGUUGUUAUUUUGUUUUCGUAUCUUUAUACACACUAUCCUUACAUCCCAAGUGUUUGUCUACAUUUGAGAGAAAUAAAAUAAUCCAAAAACUCGUUCCAUCGAGUUCCAACGGACCGUAUCUAUUAUUUUUAUAAAUACAAAAAAAUGGAAACACUAGUACCUUGCGAAUAAGAGAUAAGAAAUAUUAAUGAGUAUUCAACUGGUUGGUUGGUUGGUUAGUGUUUGUAAAAGCGCACAGAACGCUAUAAACAAAAAACGCAGUGUACAUAGAAUAAAUAAGAGAAACGAACAUAGCGAACUAAGAAUUAAUUAAAUUAAGAAUAUGAUUUCACCACUAUUCUACCACGAGCUGCCCUGUACGACUUGCCCCCGACUGAAAACAAAAAAUAAAUCGAAAAAAAAUAUAUUGUUAAAAACAGCAUUGAAACAACGAAAUUUUACUCCAUUUAUGACCCAACCCGAGAUAACACGUUUCAAAAACGUUGCAAUUUCUUUUUUUCUAAAACAAAACGAUUACUUAAAAUGUUAGUAAGAAAACGCACAAUUUCGUAGGCUAAGGUAAUUAAAAUUAUCGACCGAUUAUAUUCAAUACCAAAAUCGAACGAGAAAAAAGGAGUAAUUUAGCACAAUUAUUAACACGGAUUAAAUUUAAAUCUAUUUAUCAAUCAUUCUAUUCAUCACUGUUAUUGAUGAGAUCUUUGACUUAAUUAAUAUCUAUAAAAACCCAGUGUUUUGUUGAUUUCAUUCAUAAGAAGUAAAUUUCUGAGUGAAUUAUGAAUGAAACAACAUAGCUGUAGAGAAAUUCUUAAUUAUUCCGUUACAUAUUUUGACAAAAACAUAUAAGACUUUGUAAAGCGCGAUCUGAUCGUAAUAUGUAUGAACACUUAAAAGAAUGGGAGUGCUAAUUCAUGGAUAUCCAAUAGAAGUUGCUUUCAUUCAUAAGAAUCAAAAUUAAGAGUGAUUUGAUUCUUACAAGAUCUUGAGUGUACACUAGGGUUUAAAAAUACUGCACCUCAUUGGUAAAAAGCACUGGUUUCUAUGAUAUUGCAAUAUUUGGAUAAAACUAUGAAAUCACAGCUUUGCUUCAAUGUAACUUGAAUUAGAUGUACACAAAUGAUCCUUGAAAAGUUGUUACUCUGUCUAUCCUUGUAAUUGAAUGACACUAAGAAUGAUUGAGUCUAAAAUUAUAGACUUAACAUUGUCUGUGGUUACUUAACAUCCAACGUUUGAAAAUAUGAUCGAAAAAUUAUUAUUUCUCAUGACUCUGAUCAUUGUUGAGUCUACCUCAUCAUUAGAUAGUACACGAAUUUUAGUGAUGCAUUAAAUUAAAGCACGUUAAUUUUGAUUACAACAUUGUUAUAAUUUUUUUGUUGCAACAUCACAUAUCAGGGAUAAAACGAACCUCAAAUAUAUCCUAAACACUAAAUAAUAAACAAUGUAGUGUUGGACAAUGCAUAAAUACAGACAAAAAUAAAUACAUAAAAAAAUUAAAAAAUAAAUUGAAUAUAAAGAAUAAUAAUCGGUCGGUGGUUUUAAUUAAUUAAAAAAAAUUAUCGUUUUGUUAUUGCAACGUAAUUGAACAUUGUUACGGUUGUUUGUUGAAUGUUAAAUGACCUAAAGAAUGUUGGCUCAAAGCAAGAUGUUGAUAAUUGAUUUUUAACGCGAUUUUUUAAAUGAAUAAGCAAAAAACGAAAUUUCAAAAAAAAAGGUAGUAAAAGAUCAACGGACAAAUAAAAGGAAAUGGUUAUUAAAAAAAAAUAAAAAAUAUGAACAAAAAAAAAUUUGAAAAGUUUUUUUUUGGAAAAAUCUGGUGCAAUGUUUGUGAUUACAAUUUAAUAAUAAUAAUAAUAAUAAUAGGUAACGCGCUCAAUGUCCGUAAAUCAUUGGGGGUUGAUUGUGAUGAUUCGAGAAGUGAUCUCAGCGUUAAUAAUUAAAUUGAAAGGGAAAAAAACUUAAUAAUUAUUAGCGACUCUAUUGAAUAAUUUAGUAAGUCGUUUCCGGUGCGCAAUAAUAUUAUAAAAAAAUAUUAUAGAUAGUUUAAUGAUAAUUGAAAAAAAGGGGGGUCAUGAAUACAAAUGAAAACAAUUCCAUUUGAAACUUUUGCAAUAAAAAGAAGCCAAGAAUGAGUAGCAGAAAAUGAAUAAAAAGAAAAUGAAAUGAAACACGCACAAGAGAGUUAAGAAAAUGGCACAAAGUAGAAGUUUCGUUUGAAAUCGUUUAAAAAGGAGUAACAUUUCAUGAAAAUUUGAUUUCUUUUAACUCACAAUGCUGUAGAUUUAAAACGAGCCCGUGGUAGCUGACAAAAGCUAUCUUCCAAAUGUUUAAAACUUCUUUGUAAAUACGAUAUCUUGAUGAAGCUCGAGGUUUGGGGUUGAUUUUUUAAUUUGAUUAAUAAUUAAAGAAAGUAAUAAAUAAAUAAAAUGCAGUCGUACACAAAGUAAGACAAAAAGAGAUGAGGAACAAAGAAAAAAGAUCUAUAUAUAUAUAUAUAAAUGUAUACAUAUAAAUGUAACUAGCGGCAAUUGUGUUUUAAGAUUAUUCGGUUAUAUGUAAUAUUUGGCCUAAAAACUGAAACUUGUGUAGACUAAACCAAUAUACAGAACAACGAUCUUAUAUAAAAAGGAAGAUAUAUAUAGCGAUUAUUGUAUAUGUCUGUCAGCAUUUGCUUGUUUCUAAUUAUCUAAAAGAAAAAAAACGUAACAUACCUUCGUGCUUAUAUUUUACGAUAUUACGUAUAUCACUAUCUACAUUUAACAAGAAAAAAAAGUUUAAAUCUUUGUGUGUUGUGUAGAUCCUAUAGCGUAAAUGUAUAAAGAAAAUUGAUAUAGUUACGUCAGUUGAUUUUUCUCUAUGUGUGUAGCUGUUGUGUUAAAGACAGCGCGAUUUCUAGAACAUGCGCAUUUAAAAAAAACAAAUCGUAUGGAUAAUAGAAAUUUCGCUCUAAUGGUCUCGACGGUUCUGUCUAGACUCAUAGCUCAAAUAUUGUUGUGACAAGGAACAUUCCAUUAUUAAAAAAAAACACUGAUUUUAUAUAAAUAUAUAUAAAAAAACAUAGAUAUAUCUAUAUAUAUAAUUACACAUAGAACCACAUGUGAAUUAAUCGAAUGAAGUGCACAUAUGGUUUAUUUCCAUUAUAUAUAUAAGCAUGUCGAAAUUUAUAUGAAAUAAGAAAAUUUUGCAUAUAUAAGCUCUCAUAUAGUCUGUUUUGAUAAUGGUUAUUAUUAUUAUUAAUUAACGAGUGCAAAAAAAUGAGAAAAAAAAGUUCUUAAGAUGUAAAAUGUACAGAGGUUAUAUUAUUAGGAGUACAGUACCUCAUUACUAUUUCAUGCAAUAACUUUUAAUUAUAAGAGACGUCUUAUAAACAGUAUGUUUUUAGCUUUAGGAUUAAAAAAAAGGUGAAUGUAAAACGAUCGGCCGAAUGACGACAAACGUUACACAACGAAAAAAAAUAAAUAAAAAAUAAGAUCUGACUGAUAUACAAAUAGAUCCUUCCGCGCUUGCGAAUCGCAUUUUCCAGGACGUGAAAAUAAUACUCCGCAUGCGUUGAAGAAUCGACUUAUUAUUAAAUCGUUACUUAGCUGUACUUCCGGCGGAUCUUUUAACGCAACCUAAAUAACCAUCACAACCGUCUUUAUUUCAAUAAAUUUGAGGCGUUUUCGUCAUUUAGCCGACGAAAAUUCGGACGUGAAAAGUUAGCGACAUAUCAGCAAAAAAAACCAAAUCGAUGCAAAAUAUUUAAGUAAUUGAGCGAAAAAUAAGCGAGAGUAAGGAGCGGUGCACCUUGUCCCCAUCAUCAGCUGAAUAAUAAUAAUAAUAAUGAUAAUAUCUCGUCAACGGCGACGUGGUUGAUGUAAAAAAAACUAUUUAAGAAAAUAAAAUGAAAUAGACGGGACGCCCCAUGAUCGAUGUCUUUGGGGUAUCCUGUACACGGAGAAAAAGGUUGAAUGCAAAAAAAUAUAAAUAAAUAACGAAACAAAAAAAAUGAAAAGAAAAGAAAAUAAUUUGUGUGCUGGACUUAAAUCGAUUGAAAGUAUCCGUGUUUCCGGACUAUUCCUCUCUUCUAUAUCUCUUAUCUCUAUUUAGUUUAGUUUAUAAAAAAACCAUACUCAGCGUUAAUUGUCGUUUAUUAAUUAUGCUUACUGUCCAGUGUCACAUGCCGCAUUUGUGUGUAAUAAUUGUCAUUUGUAACCUGUACCUAUUAUUGUAUCAUAAAUUGAUAUUUAGAUAUAAUAGACCAUAACCUAAUAUAUUAACAUUAGUUGAGUACGUCUAGUAAAAUGAAAAUCGACGCGAUAUCUAUAUCGACGAAAAAAUUUAAAAAAAACAAAAAAAAAUGGAAGGGCGUUUAACAACAUCGCGACGGAAACAUUACGGAGAAAAAUAUUGCUCGAAAAAAUGAAUCGGGCGGUUUUGUUCGGUUUUGGUUACGUUAUUUAGAAUGGCUGUGUUGAAUUGCUGGUAAACGCGAAACAAGUUAUCGGUCUUCAGAUCCAAACGAAAUAAGAAAAAAAACAAAAUGAAAUAAUAAAAUAAAUAUACAAAAAAAAAAUGAUAACGAGUAACUCGAUUGAAAACGUACACAAUCGUACUGGGAAACGGUUUUUCUUUACGGAACCGUUUUUAACGAAGGGAAAGUUCAAUGAGGGCGAAGGGAGGCGAAUUCCUCGUGCACAAGUAAUUGCGGGACGAAACCAGUACUACAUUACACACAAUGUAUUGUGAUUCCAGGCUAGAGUCGGUGUAAUGCAAUAUUUGUACUUUUCCAUGUUGACAAAACUCAAUACAAUAAAAUAUAAAUCCUAAAUUA